AUGGAUGACGAUAUAAUCUCGAGAUUGCCCGAGCAUUUGAAGCAUCGCAUUCUCUCGUUGAUACCGGGCAUUAAGGAAGUAGCGAGGACCAGUUCGCUGUCGAAGUCGUGGCUACGGACGUGGCGAUCAUUUCAGAUCACUGAGAUCAAUCCAUGGUUCAUCAUGCCACGCGAGGCCAUCGAUGACAUCUUCAAGAGCGGGCGGGGAAACGUGCACAGCGAGAGAUUCGUCAGGUUAGUCGACGAUAUCCUUAUGAGGUCCCGCGAUGGGAUGCCGCGGUUCGUGAUCUACGUGACCUUCGACAUGAUUCCUCACGUCGGGAGAUGGGUGGAUUUGGCUUUAGACUAUCGUGUUCAGGAGCUGAGCAUUGGGAUCCUUAAUGGCAAAUUUCAAUUUCCAGAUCCCGCAAGGGUUUUGUCUACUAAGUUCAUCAAAUCCUUAUCAUUAAGUGGGAUAAAGGUUGAUGGAAUCAGCGCCGUGAGUCUGCCUUCUCUGCUGUCGCUCCAAUUGUACAAUAGCGUUAUCAACGAAGAGAUGUUUCAGAGACUCAUCGGGGGCUGCCCUCUAGUUGAAGAUCUUACUGUAUUCCGCUGCAAUCCCUUGUCCGAGAUCGAACUCUCGAAUCUCAAUUACCUCAAGAGAGUGAAUCUGGGUACUUGCCGCCCUGAUCUUAAUGUAAGAAUUAAAGCACCGGGAUUAGAAAGGUUCGAAUUUUCUCACCAAUUGACAAUCGAACGGGUAGGCGGUUUGGUAUUUGAUGUAAGUCCGAGCGUCGCUUAG